AUGCGCUCAUUGUCGAAGAAUUUGAGCGACCCAACUCCGCGAUCACCGUUGCCGCAGGUCAGUGAGCGUAAAGUUCAGCAUAUCAACGCGAAUGCCGGCAAGCAUGCCAACGUUACGAACGAGUCACCGACGCCGAAUUUUCAGUUAGCCUCUACCAGACGACGUCAGCAAAGGGACGUUACCCGGUACAAACCCGGAUAA